AUGCUCGAUUUCCCAACUGACUCUGAGGACAGAACUUCAACCUACGAUGAAAACCUCUCCAAGGCAACUUACUAUGCAAUGAAACCAACUCAUUCACUCACAAAUCAAUCGGGAGUAAGGAAAACUCGAUUUUCCUUUCGAAAACCCAAUUCUCAUACCCAACCGGAGGUUGUUGUGAAUGGGGAAAUACAACAUUCUCAUCAUUAUCAACAAUCGAAUCAAUCGAAUCUAAAUUAUUCGAAUUACAACCAUCCUUUCGGCGAUCAACCAGCAAUUCCAUACGAAUCCUCAAUGGCUGUUCUUCAGAAUACUUCAGAUCAUCACAAUCAACCUCCUAUUUAUUCAGAUAAACCAAGUUUUCGGCUAUCAGAAAGUGAUGAGCAACGAAAACUCCAACAAGUUAUUCGAAGAAGUUUCGUCCUCGCCAUUUUGAGUUGGUUGUUCUGUGGUGGAUGUUUCUACAGUUGUCUAUGUUUCCUCCCUCUAUAUAGAAAGAAUUACAUCUUUUACAAUGUGGAAAAUUCAUUUCUCGAUGAUACUUCCAGUGGCUACGGUCUUCGAAAGAAUAACAAAUCAGUUUCCAAUAAUGCAAUGUACUAUUCGAAUCAAGAUGAAGAAAUCCAACAACAAGCAACAGCCAACGAAGACCAAAUCAUUGACCAAAACAAUAGACAGACCAAUAAUGGUGAAUGGAAAUAUGUCAUGAAAAGUUUCAAGGGAAAUCGUUUCAGAGAUUCUCCCUACAGAAGUAUUAAGCAUCGAGCUGAGAGUGCUUUUGAUUGUGGAUUUUGUGGAUGUUUGGCGUUGAAUUGUUUGUUGAUGUUUUGGGUGGUGGCUUUGGGGAGUAGUGCCCUGAUUAUUGUCCUGUUGAAAUUCUUCUAUUCUGGUUAUAAUAAAAUGUAA